UUGAUUCCACUUAUUACAUUGUCAUUUACAAAUUACAAUCACUUCGCCUUUAUUGUUUGUUUGCAUUUGAAAGACAGCAUCAACUUCGAUCAAUUCAUCAUCAUCACCACCAUGAGUCACUUCAACAAUCAGCACGAAGCACCUGCAGUAUCAUAUCCGCCAACAAUGAGUGCGUACCCUCCUCCACCAGCAGCAUCAUAUGUUAGUGCUCCACCACCAAUGGGUUACCCUUCAAAGGAUGGUCCUCCAGCUGCAGGGUACCCCCAGCAGAGUGUUCCACAACACACCACAACCAAGGGUGAUGGCUUCUGGAAGGGUUGUUGUGCUGCUCUAUGUUGCUGUUGUGCCCUGGAUAUCUGCUUUUGAUUGGGUCACUCCAUAGAUUUGUGCAUGCUAAUCAUUGUUUUUCACAUGCUUCCUUCUUCCUUUUGUAUAAUUCUUUGUAGUUUAUAGAACAAUAAUAAGGAUCUUCAUUCA